UCCGCUGGCCGAGCCUGUUCCUAUUUAAACCCAGGCAGCGAGGAAAAUGGCGGCGAGCGGCUGAGCGUGGGGGAGCCGGCGAGAAGGAGCCGUGGCUGAGCCUUGGCUGCUUUCCCAGUUUCCCAGCCUGACUGGAGGCGGUGUGGGAGUGAAAUCCCUGGGCUAGAAUGGCCCCAUCUGCCAUUCAUCUGGGCUUAUCUGAUACUGAGGCGGUUCCAAAGACCUCGUUAUCUGCAUUCUUCUGAUCAUCCUGUAGCCUCGUCUACCAGGUGGUGCAAUAUUGAAUCUGCUAGCAAUGGGCUGCAUGGUAAAAUCAAGCAGACUGUUUCUUAUCCCAUUGUCAUGGUUUAACCCUGACUGGCAACUGCAACUGAGCACCACACAGCCGCUUACUCACUCCUCCCCCACACCGUGGGAUCGAGGACAGAACUGGAAAAAAAAGAUCCCCAGAAGUGAUGGAAGUGGGAAGAGUGGCUCCUUGAUGAUCCUGUCAGCUGCAGUUAUAUACCAAUGUCACAGUGUUUCCAGACCUCCAGAGGCAACACAAUUGAACCCUUUGGAUUGGUCACAGUUAUGGAGGCAGGAGCUCCUCGUCUAGGAUUCAGGGCAGGCAUUCCUACUGGCUUCUGUUGGAAAGACAACGCUUCACUGGGAUGUGAUUUAAAAUGACUUCUGAUUCUGAAGGUCCUCUGAAGAGUAUACUGUGCUUGAACGUUUGCUAAGAACAAUUGCUGAUGUGUGGUCAAGAUGAGUGGUUUAGGAGAAAGCUCCUUGGAUAGCUUGACCAAUGAGUCAAGGAAGCGCAAGCCAUUGCCCUGUGAUACCCCAGGUGCAAGUCUGAGCUGCAGUGGUGAGAAGCGUCGACGUGAGCAGGAAAGCAAAUACAUUGAAGAACUGGCUGAACUGAUAUCUGCCAAUCUCAGUGACAUUGACAAUUUCAAUGUCAAACCAGACAAAUGUGCUAUUUUAAAAGAAACCGUGAGACAGAUUCGACAGAUAAAAGAGCAAGGAAAAGCCGUUUCUAAUGAUGAUGAUGUCCAGAAAGCUGAUGUAUCUUCUACAGGUCAGGGAGUUAUUGAUAAGGAUUCAUUGGGACCUCUUCUAUUGCAGGCGUUGGACGGUUUCCUGUUUGUUGUAAAUCGUGAUGGGAACAUAGUGUUUGUGUCAGAAAAUGUCACACAGUAUCUGCAAUAUAAACAAGAAGAUUUGGUUAAUACAAGUGUUUAUGGCAUCUUGCAUGAAGAGGACCGGAAGGACUUUCUUAAAAACUUACCUAAAUCUUCAGUUAAUGGCGUUGCUUGGACCAAUGAAACUCCUAGACAGAAGAGCCAUACGUUCAAUUGCCGGAUGAUGGUGAAAACCUCUCAUGAUCUUUUGGAAGAUGUGGGCAGCCACCAGGAUAUACGUCAAAGAUAUGAAACAAUGCAGUGCUUUGCUUUAUCUCAACCACGAGCUAUGAUGGAAGAGGGGGAAGAUUUACAGUCGUGUAUGAUUUGUGUGGCACGCCGUAUCACAACUGCAGAAAGGGUAUUUCCAACCAACCCAGAGAGCUUUAUUACAAGACACGAUCUUUCAGGCAAACUUGUCAACAUUGAUACAAACUCAUUACGGUCUUCCAUGAGACCUGGGUUUGAAGAUAUAAUUCGCCGAUGUAUUCAGAGAUUCUUAUGCCAUAACGAUGGACAGUCAUGGUCAAACAAACGCCACUACCACGAAGCUUAUACACAGGGUCAUGCUGAGACACCACUGUAUCGGUUUUCUUUAGCGGAUGGUACCAUAGUGACAGCACAAACCAAGAGUAAACUGUUUCGAAAUCCUGUUACUAAUGACCGCCAUGGAUUUGUCUCCACUCACUUUCUUCAAAGAGAACAAAAUGGAUAUCGGCCAAGUCCCAGUUCAGUUGGGCAGAACAUCAGAACACCCGUGGCUGGAAACACAAAUUCUGUUGGUGGCCUUAUGAACAUGUCACCUGGUCAAAGCAUGCCAAUGCAAAACAGGAACUAUGGUAUGGGAGAUCCCAGUGCAGUGAGUCAGCUCAGCAGCACUCGCUAUGGAGGCCCUGGUAAUGUGGGGCCGGUGAACUCUGGGCCUGGAAUGCAGUCCUCUGCUUAUCAGAACAACAGUUAUGGGCUGAAUAUAAGUAGCCCACCACAUGGCAGCCCUGGUUUAACUUCCAACCAACAGAAUCUAAUGAUAUCUCCUAGAAAUCGAGGGAGUCCAAAAAUGAGUUCACACCAGUUUUCUCCAGUUACAGGUAUGCACUCUCCAAUGGGAUCUGCCAGCAACACCGGCAACAGCACCUUUUCUAGCAGUUCUCUUAGCGCUCUUCAAGCCAUCAGUGAGGGUGUUGGAACUUCUCUUCUAUCAACCCUUUCUUCACCAGGCCCAAAAUUGGAUAAUUCCCCAAAUAUGAGUGUUGCUCAGCAAAGCAAAACGAGUACCCAGGACUCCAAAAGCCCUUCUGGUUUAUAUUGUGAACAAAACCAAGUGGAAAGUUCCAUUUGCCAGUCAAACAGCAGGGAUCUCCUUAGUGAAAAAGACAGUAAAGAGGGAAAUCUGGAGUCAUCUGAAAGUCAGAGGGGGCCAUCUGAAAGCAAAGGGCAUAAAAAACUGCUUCAGCUACUGACGUGCUCCUCAGAUGAAAGAGGACAUUCCACAGCAUCAAACUCACCUUUAGAUUCAAAUUGUAAAGAACCUUCUACCAACGUUACCAGUCCUUCAGGAGUUUCCUCGUCGACUUCUGGAGGGGUGUCUUCCUCCUCAAACAUGCAUGGGUCACUCCUGCAAGAGAAGCACAGGAUUUUACAUAAAUUGUUGCAGAAUGGCAAUUCUCCUGCAGAGGUAGCCAAGAUCACAGCUGAAGCUACUGGCAAAGACACCUAUCAUGAUGCGAGCAAUGCAGCCCCCUGUGGAGAAGGCACUGUCAAACAGGAACAACUGAGCCCAAAGAAGAGGGAAAACAAUGCUUUACUAAGAUACCUGUUAGAUAAAGAUGAUGUUAAAGACCCUCUUUCCAAAGAGUUGAAGCCUAAAGUAGAAGGUGUGGAUACUAAAAUGGGACAGUGCAGUAGUUCUACAAUCCCUACUUCUAGUCAGGAGAAAGACAUGAAGAUAAAGACAGAGCCAGCAGAGGAGAUGAGUGGAGACUUGGAUAAUUUGGAUGCAAUUCUAGGUGAUCUGACUAGUUCAGAGUUUUACAAUAAUGGUAUGUCUGCAAAUGGAAAUAACCUUGGAACAAAGCAAGCAUUAUUUCAAGGAAAUGCCCUAGUGGCAGGGAUGAGGAGUCCUCAGGCCACGCAGGCUACCCGCCCACCUUUCAGCAGAGCCAUGUCUUUGGACAGCCCCGUGGGCUCCGGUGCUCCAGUCAGGAAUGUCAAUGCCUUCUCCAUGUUACAGAAGCAAAACCUAAUGGGUGGAAGUCCAAGAAUGAUUGAAAACCAAGACAAUUUUGGAGCCAAUCUGGCAAGUGCUCCUAACAGAAAUGUAGCAAUGAAUCAGCAUCAGUCAGCAGACUGGGGGCUGCCGAACUCGAAGGUGAACAGGUUGGAACCCACCGGUUCUGCCUCAAUGCUGAGGGCAGGAGCUGAGUUCGGGACGGCCCUUCCCCGGCCCUCGGCGGGUGGCUCUGUGCCAGCGCUGCCCGUUCGCUCCAACAGCAUCCCCGGGACAAGACCAAUGCUACAGCAGCAAAUGAUUCACAUGAGGCCAAACGAGAUGAACAUUGGCAUGGGAGGCAAUCCCUAUGCACAGCCAGGACCAUCUGCCCAACCGGGGUCGUGGCCUGACAACAUGCUGUCCAUGGAGCAAGCGGCGCGGGGUCCACAGAACAGACAAUUGGUUAGAAACUCUUUGGAUGACCUCUUAUGUCCAGCACCAAGUAUGGAGGGCCAGACUGAUGAAAGGGCACUCUUGGAUCAGCUGCACACAUUGCUGAGUAAUACAGAUGUCACUAGUCUGGAAGAAAUUGACAGAGCAUUAGGAAUUCCUGACCUUGUAAACCAAGGACAAGCUUUGGAACCCAAACAAGACUCAUUUCAAAGUCAGGAAUCUUCAGUUAUGCUUGACCAGAAGCCUUCGCUCUACAGUCAGCCCUAUCAAGGGCAAGGGGCAGCGAUGGCAGGAGGUUUUGGUACCAUCCAGGGACAACAGCCAUCCUUUAAUUCAGUGAUGAAUCAGAUGGGCCAACAGAGCAAUUUUCCCCUUCAAAGUAUGCAUCCUAGAGCAAACGUGAUGCGGCCUCGAACCAACACACCAAAGCAGCUCCGCAUGCAGCUCCAGCAGAGGCUCCAGGGCCAGCAGUUUAUGAACCAGACCCGUCAAACACUCGAGAUGAAAAUGGAAAAUCCAGUUAGUGGCAACACCUCUGUGAUGAGGCCAGUGAUGCAGCCACAGGUGGGCUCCCAGCAGCAAGGUUUUCUUAAUGCUCAAAUGGUGGCUCAGCGUAACAGGGAGCUAAUAAGUCAUCAUUUUAGACAACAGAGGAUGGCAAUGAUGAUGCAGCAGCAACAGCAACCGCAGGCGUUCAGUCCACCGCCAAAUGUGACUGCCUCAGGAAGCAUGGAUAGUGCUCUGACAGGCCCUUCAAUGGCUCAAGUUCCCCCACAGCAAUUCACCUAUCCACCUAAUUACGGAAUAAGCCAACAAUCUGACCCUGCGUUUAGCAGAGUAUCAAGCCCUCCCAACCCAAUGAUGUCAUCAAGAAUUGGAUCCUCCCAGAAUCCUAUGAUGCAGCAUCCUCAGACAGCAACAAUGUACCAGUCCCCUGAGAUGAAGGGCUGGCCCUCGGGAAGCAUGGCCAGGAGCAGCUCAUUCCCCCAGCAGCAGUUCAGCCACGCGGGUGCCCCGGCAGCGUACAGCAUGAUGCACAUGAACGGCAGCAGCGGGCACAUGGGGCAGAUGGCCAUCAAUGCCAUGCCCAUGGCCGGGAUGCCCAUGGGGCCGGACCAGAAGUACUGCUGACAGCUGGGGCUGUAUCUUCAGAGGCAAAGGCGCUGUGUUAAGGAUGCACUGGGAUCAUCAGGAGGAGCUCUGCGUUCUUCAUGGGGCUGAGGACUGGCCUUAGGCAGGGACCUGAUGUUUCCUGUUCAUCACCAUGAUGUCCUAAAAAACCCAACGAUGAAAACCCCACCCCAAAAAGUACCUUUUAGUGGAGCAGUCUCUGUAUUACUGUAUAUUGUGGUGUACAAAAAGGUCAUCAGUAUUUUUGGCGCUCUGCCUCUCGAAAUGUGAAUUUGGCAAUGCCAUUUGAGCAGGUCUAAGAGGGGCAGCCCCCUGGCAUACCUGAUCCAGUUACUACAGCUAUCCAAAGCCCUCUAACUACAGGCAGAGAAAAGUGCCUGGAGAAGUCACGGUGGUAAGAAUUUUUUGAUUUCUCUAGUACCAAUAUCUGACAGAGAAUGUAGUUCCUAGCCUUGACUCUUUUAUAUUAACCCCGACUAUAAAUGCUGCUUUUUAAUCUCUUAUCCUCCAGAGUCAGGAUUUCCCCAGCAAAGUGGCAGUGCAAAGUGAAUUGGCACGUACUAGUCCCAAAUCCUGUCCAUUGACAAGGGGGAAAAGGAGAGGGCGAUAAACUUAAAUUAUUUAAACGCAGUUGUGACUAAUAUUUACAUAUUGAUGUGCAGCUGAGUGCACUUUAUAAAAGACUAUGUAAUGGAUUAAUGCAAUAUCUUUGGUAAGGACUUCACAUGAAGGUAGGGUGUGCUCACGUUCCUUCUCAGACACGGGCUCCUCAGAAUGAUUUGCAAAGACUGCAGAACGUUCCGUUUUCUGUGUGUGGACAUGACAGCAAUAAUCUUUCAUCUUUUGGAACCUAACUUCGGCAAACUCAAGGCAAGGCACUGCAGUCUGAAUCAGAACUUUGCAGUCUUUUUGUGAAUACAUUUUGUAAAUACGAUCUUUAAGAUGAUGUAUUAUAUAUAUGACUUUUGUAGGUCACUAACUCAUUUUUGCAGAGUUUGUGAGGCUAAAUAUUUAACAGAAUUGAUUCCUGUAAACUCCGUGUAGUUGAGGUCCAAAUAGAUUUGUUUGGUUUUUUUUAAUGACUGAAGCUGGGUGACUUUGGCCCACAUCUUUCUCUUCUUUGGUCUUAAACACUUCAUUUAUUUUUACAUCUCUAACAUAUAGCUUUUAUAAAAGACCAGUUGUUAAACGCUUUCUUCACCUUGUGAGCACCUUGUUACAUUUCUUUUCAUGUAAGGCAAUUUGACACAAAGGCUCUGCGUUGUAAGGGGUGAUGUGGGAGGGUCAUGUCGUACUAGAAUAAGUUGCCUUUUCAGAUGAUGAAUCUGGAUUGUGUUGUCUUUGGUCAAUUUUAAUGAACUCUAAAUGAUCUUCAAACAAGUUUGUCUGUUGCAAAAUAUUUGUUGUUACAUGACAUCCAGAAAUCUUGAAGGAUAUUAAGCCACACUUUAACCAAAUGUCUGCAACUCCUUGGAUUGUUCUACUGGGAAUGAAUGUAUUUUCUAAGCAGGUUUCUCUCAUAUCAGUAUUUAAGUCUGGUUACAAAUCUAUUCUUGUUAGUUGCUGGUAGGGUGUUUUUUUUCCCCCUCCUCUGUUUUGGUUCCUUGAAAUGAAGAUCCCUUUGCAGUUUUUUCCAUUUUCAGGCAGUUACAUUGAGUCAAACUUCUAAACUUCUGUAAGGGACAACUCAGAAGCUUUUUGGAUGUGUGGUGCUUUUAUUCUAUCUGUUGUUCACUGUGUAAUGGAAAACUGGCUUCUCCCAAGUGAGUAAAAAGAUCGUCUGUGUCCUUGAUUGCUGCUUCUUGGUACUGUAAACAAGAGGUGAAUUAUUCUUCAUUGAUCUUCCAUUUUAAUAGAAAUAACUUUUAACUAGAAAUAUCCUCCAGAAGUUCAUCCUUUGAUGAACAGUUGUACAGCCAGUUGCCUUCCAAAGGGAAUGCUGAUUUGAUGGAUCUGCUUCAGGCAGCCCUGUCUCUGCAGUCAGCCCUCAGGGUAAGGCUUAGGUGACAGUAUUGAUUUGAAACCCUCAGUCCAGUUCAUCUGUGUUUUUUAAGGCAAAACUUUUCAAAGCCUGAGGAACUUUUAUCUUUUUUCGUUUCUUAGAACAUAUCUGUGAAGUGCUGCCCACUGAAGUGGAAAGGCAACACUCCCUGGCUUUUGAUAUCAAAUCAGAGUAGAGCAAUCUUUAUAUUUUGUAGUUGUUCGUUGUAGUGAUGGAAACUACAAACCCCAGUUGCUUUCAUGAGGUGAGCUCUUGGACUAUCUACACUUCAUACAUCCUGCCCUUUGAAUGCUUUUCAAAUGAGUGACUCUGUUUAUACAUCUGUGUGUAACUGGGACUUGACUGAUGGGUCAUCAUUUUCUCAUCUGUUUUUAGAAUGCUGGAGCUUUCCAGAACCUACUUAUUUGCUGAAUCCAAAGAUUUUUAGUUUAAACUUGAUUAAAGGGGGGAGGGAGGCAUUUUAUUUUAAAAUGCAUUGAUGACACCUUUCUUGGCAGCACUGAUCCUAAAUAAUACAUCUAGUUGGAAAAUCCCACCUACUGCAGAAAAGCAAACUGACCUUGAACUCUGUUGGCAUUUAAUAUCUUCAAUUCUGUUUUGGUUCCAUCACAGCAGAUUUUUUUCCUCAAUGUUUUUUAAAACCAUUUUUCAACAGUAGGAGAAGAAUGAGCUCCUCCAGCCACCUCUGGUCACUGCUGCAUCACGAGCGUUGUUUUGAUCACAGAAACCAUGUUCUUAUCAAAAUCAACAUGUAGUAUUUUUUGCCAAUCUUGGCCCAAAAUACUGCUUUUAAAAGUUAGAAAAUCAGGACCAUUUUUUUUCAGUCAUAAGACAAAAAGUAUUUGAAUGUUGUACCAAUUAGCACAAGUUUUAUUUUGGAAUUUCUGUGCAGGCUACCAGAUGACAGAAUGAUACAGCAAGAGUGAAACCAUGGGAUUCUGAGAGCAAUAGUUAAAAAAAAAAUCUCAGGAGAAGGCAUACAGUAUUGAGAAUUGCAGUUAAGUUUAGUUUACAUGAUAAGUAUUGCUUGAAAUAUCUGUAUCUUUAUUUUGCAAAAGAGAAAAAAUCACGGGGACUGAUUUUAUAAGAGUUGGUUGUAAGGUAUUACUGCUCUUCUGAUUUUUGUGUUUGGAUGUUAAUAAUGAUGUAAAUAAAGGUUUCUAUUUAAAAUGGGAACUCGGUGACACGGGCUGGUAGCUGUCUAAUACUUUUAAGGCUGAUAACUGCAUCCCAGAAAGG